AUGAAGGUUUUCGUAUGUUUGUUGGCGGUCUGCGCCGUGGCUAAUGCCGGAUUCUUGUUCGGAGGUGGAGGAGGAGGUGGUGGUGGCGGCGGCCAUGGCGGCGGUGGUCACGGAGGUGGUGGCGGCGGCCAUGGCGGCGGUGGCUACGGAGGUGGCCAUGGAGGCGGCGGCGGUGGCGGUCACGGAGGCGGUGGAGGUGGCGGUCAUGGUGGUGGUGGUGGCGGUGUAACAAUCUUUAGAAUUAUUUCUGAUGGAGGUUCUGGCGGUGGUGGUGGCGGCGGAGGUGGAUACGGUGGUGGUGCCGGAGGCGGCCAUGGUGGCGGCCACGGUGGUGGUGGCGGUUAUGGCGGCGGCCACGGUGGUGGUGGCGGUUAUGGCGGCGGCCACGGUGGUGGUGGCGGUGGCGGCUCAGCUGGCGGUUCGGUUCAAAUCUAUAAGAUUAUCACACUAGGAGGUGGUGGUGGCGGCGCUGGCGGUGGUGGUGGUGGCGGAUUUGGUGGUGGCGGUGAUGCUGGUGGUUGGUCAUCUGGUGGUGCCGGUGGUGGUGGCGGAGAUGCUGGUGGCUGGUCCUCCGGUGGCGGCGGUGGUGGUGGUGAUGCUGGUGGCUGGUCCUCCGGCGGCUCCGGUGGUUGCUUUUCAAUGCCCAGCUUUGACGCAGUAUUAGAUCGUAAAUUUCUCGCAAUGCUCAAACGGGUGGAAUCUUUGCUGCAACAAGGUAAUGGUCAUAAUCGAUGUUCGUUCCCCGAAUCGAUCGUACAUCUAAAACGGAGGAUAAAUGCCUUCCAUCUACAACAACGCGACAAAUUUUGUUCCUUACUUCUAGAUCUGGGGACAACCAUGUCGCUAACUACCAUGUUUUCUACUGCGGCGAAAUUUAUUGGCCUCAACUCAUCUCAUGGAGGUUAA